AUGGAAGGAAGUGUCGCACGUGUUCUCCGGAUUCGGCCCAGGAGCGAGACAUGUCCAUUUUCUGCACAGACUGAAGAACAUGUAUCUCAAUGGUUUUUACACCACAGCUUCCAGCGGCAGCUCGGUUAUUGUGAGGCCAAAGACAUCCUCAUGAAAGACUGCGCCGUCGAAGCCACCCACAGAAAGAGUGUCCGACAGUUUCCUCUUCCUGAUGUUUCAGUGACCCUGUUGUCACUGGCGGGGCCUGUGAGGGGAGCGCGCAGCAUCAGCCCCGGGAGCGUCUAUGGCACAGUCUAUGGCACAGGCGCGCACAGAGCCUCCAGUGUCACCGGCUUGAGAACACGGUCGCUCAGGCACCAGAGGCGAUGCCAAUCCGUACCGGAGCUGUGCCCUCGAACUAAGGAACGCCUUGGCUUCGCCCUCACACUCCUGAGAACCAUGAGACUCUCUGCCUUUCCUCAGAGGGUGCUUCUCAUCGUCCUGGGCCUCCUCCUGCUCCCUCUGUCCUGCAGCUGUAUGAAGCCUGUGGAGAGAGGCUCUGGGCCCCAUCCCCAGCCACAAGGAAAUACUACUGACUCAGGCAAGCGGACUUGUCCUGGCAAGGUGGUGUGUUCCCCGGGCAUUCUGCUCCCAAUCUGGCUGCCACUCAACCCCUCGCUGGGGGAACAGGCGGCCAGGGCAAUCGUUUACUUCAUCAGUCUCAUGUACAUCUUCCUGGGCGUAUCUGUUAUUGCAGACCGCUUCAUGGCUUCAAUAGAAGUCAUCACCUCUCAGGAAAAGGAGGUGACUAUUACGAAACCCAAUGGUGAAACUAUAGUCACGACUGUGCGUAUUUGGAAUGAGACCGUGUCAAACCUCACACUGAUGGCCCUGGGCUCGUCUGCCCCAGAGAUCCUGCUGUCUGUUAUUGAGGUGUGUGGGCACGGCUUCAAAGCUGGAAAUCUUGGGCCUGGCACCAUAGUGGGCAGUGCAGCCUUUAAUAUGUUUGUAAUCAUUGGUAUUUGCGUGUGGGUAAUCCCAGAUGGAGAAUCUCGCAAAAUUAAACAUCUGCGUGUGUUUUUUAUUACGUCUUUCUGGAGUAUCUUUGCUUAUAUUUGGCUCUACCUCAUUCUGGCUGUCAUCUCACCUGGGGUUGUAGAAAUCUGGGAGGCCAUAGUGACGCUGUGCUACUUCCCUGUAUGUGUGAUCUUGGCAUGGAUAGCUGACCGCCGGUUACUUUUUUACAAAUACAUGAACAAACGUUACCGCGCCGAUAAGAGACAUGGCAUUGUGGUGGAAAUGGAGGGAGACCUGGCUCCGAAAGGCAUUGAUGUGAUCAUGGAUGGAAAGUUCUCUGACUCUUCCAGCCCUGGAAACUCAUCCAGUGUGACCGUCUCUGUGCAGACAGGAAAUGAAUUAAAUCAGAACAAUGAUGAGCUAGUUAAAAUGUUGAAGGACUUGAAGGAGAAGUAUCCAGACAAAGACAUCGACCAGUUAAUUGAAAUGGCCAACUACUCCACCCUGGUUCAUCAGAGAAAGAGCAGAGCCUUCUAUCGUAUCCAGGCCACCCGCCUGAUGAUCGGAGCUGGGAACAUCUUGAGGAAACAUGCAGCGGAGCAUGCCCGCCGCACUGCUGCAGCUGCAGGGGAUGACUUGGCCACAUGCUCACACGUAUGUUUUGAACGUGCCCAGUAUCAGUGCCCGGAAAACUGUGGACACCUGAGUCUGUGGGUCAUUUUGGUGGGAGGCACUGGGCAGAACACGUUCCUCGUGGAUUAUUGUUCUGAAAAUGGCUCUGCAAACGCUGGGACCGACUAUGAGUUUACUGAAGGCACGCUUAUGUUUAAACCGGGUGAGAAUCGUAAAGAGAUCAAGGUGGGAAUACUGGAUGAUGACAUCUUUGAGGAGGACGAACACUUCUUUGUGCGUCUGAAGAACCUGCGGCUGGAUGACAGUGGCUCGGAGGGCUUAGGAACUCCUCCUAAGGGUCGCCUGGUGGAGCCUCACACUACAACCAUCACUAUAUUAGAUGAUGACCAUGCUGGUAUCUUCAGCUUUGGCCAGCAGGUGCUGCGCGUCAGUGAGAGCACUGGAAUCCUCACGGUGACUGUAACAAGACACUCGGGCUGCAGGGGCACCGUGUCUGUGCCCUUCCACACAGAGGAUGGCAGUGCUAAGGCUGGGGUGGACUAUGAGGAGACCAAAGGGGAGCUGGAGUUCCCUAAUGAACAGACCAGUCAGACACUCCAGGUGCACAUAAUAAACAUGUCAGAGUAUGAGAAGCAGGAACACUUUUUCAUUGUGUUGGAGGAACCCAAAUGGCUGAAACGAGGAUUUUCUGCCUUACUGCUGAACCAGGGAACCCCAACCCCACAAGAGGAGGAAGCCAGGAGGAUCUCAGAGAUGGGAAAACCCAUUUUAGGAGAGCACAGCAGGCUUGAAAUAAUCAUUGAGGAAUCUUGUGAGUUUAAGAGUACUGUGGAUAAACUAAUAAAAGACACUAACUUAGCACAGGUGCUUGGGACACAUUCCUGGAGAGAGCAGUUCAUUGAAGCAGUAACUGUCAGUGCAGGGGAUGAAGAUGAAGCCAUUAUUGGAGACUUGGCCUCCCACUUUGGUUGUACCGUAGGCCUCCGCGACACCGUCACUGCAGUGGUGUUUGUUGCUUUGGGGACCUCACUCCCAGAUACAUUUGCCAGUAAAGUGGCUGCCACACAAGACCAGUAUGCAGAUGCAUCAGUGGGAAACGUGACAGGAAGCAAUGCAGUGAAUGUGUUUUUGGGAAUCGGAGUGGCCUGCUUGGAGGCCUACUGCCAUAUUCAAGGCUUCUGA